AGUUUCUGACUAAUGAGCUCAUAUUUACCUCUAGGAUGGUGGAAAAGCACUUCACACAUAGAAUGGUAUUCAUUUACUGAGGUGAAGCCGUCAAGGAGUCCAACUAUGAACAAGAUACUGCUGGUAUUGUUCAUUUUGAUCGGGUAUUGUUUUGAGUCUGUCUUCAAUGAAACGGCUAAUUCAUCGCUUAUGCUGGACAUUUCGCCACACCGCAGACCACAAAAUGUUCUGUGUGAAUUUGAUGAGGGUGCAUGUCUAAUUCAUCAAGACAACAAGGACGAUUUUGAUUGGAUWAAAACAAAAGGUCCUACACCUAGCAACGGCACUGGUCCCCCAGGAGAUCAUUYCACMAGUUAUAGUAAUGGUAAAUACAUGUAUGCUGAAGCAUCUUAUCCAAGAAAACAUGGUGACCGYGCACGCUUGACRGCGCGUUUAUGGKCUCAAUACCCGUCAUGUCUCUACUUUUAUUAUCAUAUGCRUGGAUUAAAUAUGGGCACUUUGAAGGUUUAUGUCGAUCGUAAGUUGGAAUGGCAGCUUUCUGGAAAUCAAGGCGAACAAUGGUUGAAAGGAGAAAUUCCAGUUCUCAAAGGUGGUUUUCAUACGGUUGAUAUUGAUGCAAUCAUUGGGUCAUCAUUCACAUCUGAUGUUGCUGUAGAUGACCUGGGAUAUCAGGAGCUUCUUAAGGUGUCAAACGACGACUGUAUGGUAUCACCGAGCAAUGCAGACCCAAACAGUCAUAUAUACAUUGAACAUUGAUUCAUCUAAAUAAACUGAAAAACAAAAGACUGUCUCUAUUGUGAAACAGCUUCAUUCAGGAGCUAUACUAUAAAUUUAUCAUGAUUUUGAGAACAAGAUCAUUUCUUUGCGAGCGAUUAAUAUGGCUUCCUUCCAACUAUUCUUCUGAUGUUUAUUUUUAAAAGUGAUCAACGCAAAGCAUUCUGGUAGUUUUAGGCAAAAGCUAUUCCACCAAGUCUUUGUAACUAAGUUUCAAUCGUUGCUAGGUGAUUCCUUUUAUGUUUGGCAAUUUAUAGUUAUCAUUCAUAAUUUCUUCGCGAUUCAUGAUUAUUUACGAAUAAUUAUUUAKUGUGAAACACAGAAAAAACAAUUCCACA